UUUUCAAUAUCUGAAAAACAUGUUUUGCGUUAUUCAAUAUACAUUCUUCAUUACACAUUGUGCAUCUCAUCUACAACAUAAAAAUGUGAAGUCGUAUAGAGGUUACUGUAAGUUGUUCACUAAUGAUUGAGUCAGUCUCUAAAAUAAGCUCGGCACGAAAAGACGUAGGUUCACAGGCCAGCAGCAUGUCUUACGGUGCAGUGAAUGAGAAUAUUCUCCAAUACGCGAAAGAAAAAAAUGGGCGUUAAAUAAGAGUUAAGUAUAUGAUUACUAGGCUAUUAUCGUUGAUUUACGGAGCGACACGCUCACAAAGCCAACUGCAGCAAUGAGGAAGGCUAUGUUUGAGGCGGAAGUUGGAGAUGAUGUAUUUGAGGAAGAUCCUACAGUAAAAGAAUUAGAAAAAAAGGCCGCAGCCUUACUUGGAAAAGAAGAUGCGCUCUUUGUUAGCUCUGGUACGAUGGGAAAUUUGAUUGCCGUCAUGAAUCAUUGUAACAUUCGCGGCAGCGAGGCUUAUUGCGGAGAAGAAUCACACGUGUUUCUUCACGAACAGGGUGGCGCAGCGCAAGUAGCCGGUGUGACUCUUUGCAUGCUGCCCAACAAUGAAGACGGCACGUUCGACCUGAAGAAGCUUGAAAGCGCGAUUCGCACGGAUCGAAUUCACGAGCCAAUCUCAAAAUUGGUUCUUGUAGAAAACACGAUUAGCGGAAGAAUCGUUCCUCAAUCAUGGAUCGAGGAGUUGACGGCGGUGGCAAAGAAGCAUGAUCUCAAAAUGCAUUUAGAUGGAGCGCGAUUGUGGAACGCCUCAGUCGCGUCGAAGAUCUCGGCGAAGGAUCUAGUCGCUUCAUUCGACUCGGUCACUUUUUGUCUAAGCAAAGGAUUGGGUGCUCCCGUGGGAUCGGUGUUGUGCGGGAGCAAGAGCUUCAUUGCUGAUGCGAGGAGAAGGCGCAAGGUAUUGGGCGGUGCGAUGCGGCAAGUCGGUGUGAUAGCCGCGGCCGGACUCGUCGCUCUGGAAGAAACAGUACCGCAAUUACUUGAGGAUCACAGAAGAGCAUUGGCAAUCGCACGGGCAAUUAAUCAGUUGAAUUCCAAGAUAUUUCAAGUAAAUAUGAAAACCGUGCAGACUAACAUGAUAUUCGUGAAUUUAAAUACCGAGAGCGGUAUUUCCGCCGUGACUCUGAUGAAAAGGCUUCAUCAAGUAGAUGAUUUCGACGAGAAUGAUAGGACAAUAGUUCGAUGCAUAGCUCUGACGGAAAAAUUACUCAGAAUAGUUCUUCACUACGACAUCGACGAUUCGAUGGUGAACGCUGCUAUAUGUAAAUUAAAAUAUGUCAUCAAGCAGUUAGAUCCCCAAGUAUAGAUAUCUAAACUCCUUCGCAAAAUCCUUAAAAAAAAAAUACCUAUGAAUUAAGAAUAAAUUAGAUUAGAAUAAAAUUAUAAUAGAAUUCUGCAUUUUGCGUAUGCAUUAUAAGAAAUAAAACAAUGAAUGUAUUAAGAUAAUGCAUGAGUAAUUAGAUUAUAGUUCUUCACAUAAAAUUAAAUAGUGUACUUAUAUUUUCUUC